CUCCUCCGCGUCCGCCUCCUCCUCUCAGUAGUAUUACUCUUUUCUUUUUCUAUUCCCCCAUUCCUUAUAAACAGAGGUCGUCUGCCCUUGAGACUGGGGGCUGCGCACCUGUCUUGCGUUCUCUCGUCGCGGACUGGGGACUAUCCCCGACUUUACUUGUUCCGGCGGGAGUCAUCCUGGCGUCGAUCCGAUUGUGAAGCAUUAUUAAAAUCCACCUGCUCCGUGCAAGAACGUUAUAAUGGCUCCCUCAUGGGACAACCGCUCCAAAUGGACCAUCGGUAUUCUUAGUGACCCGCAGACAGACGAGGUGCCCGGCACCGUCCUCCUGCUGGCCUCGAAUCGUAACGAGCCCUUGGGUCUACGCAAUCAGCCAGCUCGCACUUCAGCCUCGUCACUUCCUUCGCAGUUUCCUCCAAGCCGAUCAUCCUCUCGCUCAGUUGCGCCUGUUCCCAAAAAGACAUCCGAUGGACGCAUUCUUCUAGAGCCGCAGCCGGAGGACACGUUGAAUGAUCCCUUGAACUGGCCAGCAUGGCGAAGAGAUACGGCUUUACUUUCUCUAGGUUUCUAUUGCCUGAUGGGAGGAGGUAUGACCCCAGUGCUGGCCGCUGGGUUCAACGAGGUGGCGAAAGACUACAAUAUCACAACACAACAAGUCGCGUACACGACCGGGCUGUACAUGUUGGGGCUUGGGUUAGGGUCCGUUGUCAUGGCCCCGACGGCCAUCCUCUAUGGAAAACGCCCAGUAUACUUGCUGGGUGCUACUCUAUUUAUAAUCUCCGGCAUUUGGUGCGCACUCUCGCCCAACUAUGUAAGUUUGGUGCUAGCUCGAAUCUUCAUGGGAUUUGCAGUCAGCCCAGUGGAGUGUCUACCGUCUGCAACUAUCGCGGAGAUUUUUUUCCUCCAUGAAAGGGCGUACCGAAUAGGAAUUUAUACACUAUUACUUCUGGGAGGCAAGAACUUGAUACCACUGGUCAGUGCGGCAAUUAUUGGACGAUAUGGCUGGCGUUGGGUAUUUUGGGUGGUCGCUAUAAUUGUUGGCGGCGCUCUUGCGCUAUUAUUUUUCUUUGUCCCUGAAACCUUUUGGGAUCGGACACCCCGACCAAAGUCCAGAUCGAAACGUCCUAAUAUCUACCGAAGUGUAUCUGACUUUGCACACCUUGGCUUUCGUGGACGUCGUCCCGAGCCGCGGUUGAGUGAAAAGCAGCCUAGUUUACCACGCUCAAACGAUGCAUAUGGCCCUACUGAGGAGAACGGCCAUCGAAAGAGGAAAGAAAUGCAUGUUGGCUUUGCUGAGGACCAACUGGACGAGAAAUUGCAAAGCCCUGCCGAUCUAAAGAAUGAGCAUCCUUUUACGGCCAAUGACACCCCUACCGUGGUAGUCAACGAACCAGAUGCAACCCCCGAGGCAUCGCAUCAUUCCCCUACUGAAGACACUGAUGCUCAUCCUGCGCCUCUUUCUCCGGUACACCUGGGUGAUAAUAGACUUUCUUUGGAUCCGAACACGGAUUACUUCAACUCCAGCAAUGGCUCACAACCUGUAUCACCUACCAGGGAUAUUGAAGGGGCUCGACGAACCUCGUUGUCUCCCUUGCCGAUGAACGCGUCGGCUUUGUACACCCAUAACCUCCGCGAACGGCCUCCGGUGUCUUAUGUACAUAUGCUUCGGCCAUGGAACGGACGACUUGCACACGACAAGUGGCAUCGGGUGUUGGUGCGUCCAUUUAUUCUUUUUGCAUAUCCAGCCGUUCUGUGGUCUGCUCUAGUGUAUUCUCUGUCCAUUGGAUGGCUCAUUGUGCUGUCCGAAUCAGUAGCACAUAUUUACCAGGGCAGCCAGAAUUAUAAUUUCUCAGCACUUGCGACUGGGUUGGUUUAUAUCUCGCCAUUUGUGGGUGGUAUCAUUGGUACGGCGGUUGCUGGACGGGUGUCAGAUAUCAUUGUCCGAUAUAUGACACGGCUUAACGGAGGCAUUUAUGAGCCGGAGUUUCGUCUUGUUAUGGCGAUUCCCGUCGCUCUGUCGACAGCGGCAGGAUUGAUGGGGUUCGGUUGGAGUGCGCAAGAAAAAGACAACUGGAUUGUUCCUACGAUUUUCUUUGGAAUCAUUUCGUUUGGCUGUGCGCUGGGUAGCACGACAUCGAUCACAUUCUGCGUGGAUAGUUAUCGCCAAUAUGCAGGCGAGGCGUUGGUUACAUUAAAUUUUAGCAAAAAUAUCUUUCACGGACUGGUCUUCUCCCUCUUCUUCGUUGACUGGCUCGAAUCGGACGGAGCGCGGAAUGUGUUUAUCGCAAUUGGCGGUAUCCAACUUGCGUGUCUGUUGACGGCCAUUCCGAUGUAUAUUUUCGGCAAGCGGGCGCGCAUGUGGACGGUGCGCAAGAAGCUGAUGGAGAAGUUCUGAUAUAAACUUAGGUCAAUAGUGUGUAUAUGGCCGGAGCAUUUGGAUAGAUCAAUUGAUACAUGUAUUUACGUGUUUACAUCUAGGCGCUGGAAGACGGAUAGCUUGAGAUUUUUUCCUUUCAUUUUGCGUUAUAUACUACGUAUAUACGUCUGUCCCUGGGUCCCGAGAAACACUCCAUGACGAGAAAUACACCAGGUACUUUGUCUUCAAAUCACUAUAACUUCGUGCACGCCUUAGAUAUAUCUAUAAUCAUCACUUUGGCAUAUUCUCUAUUUAUCCACGCCUUCACACAAUGGUAACAAUGUUCGGCUAAUAUUACUACAGUGGAGCAAACGUCUGCAAGAGA